GCAACGAUCCUUCAUUCAGAGCAAGACGGAGGUUCGGUAUCACUCGCUUUGCAGCCUUUUCCACGAUGUCGUACAUGGAUACUCCAUUCCCAGUAAUCCAUUCUAAGGAUUUUUACCUGAAGUUCCAUGACAUUACAUCAUAAGAAAUUUGGAUACGGACUUACACUGGUACUCCAGAGCCCCUUAGUGGACUAAAGGGUGGAUUGCACGGGUGGUCCAGCCAGAGAUCAGGACCAUGGCUGACUCGGACCUCAUAGAAAGGCACUACAACUCAACUGGGAAAUUCCGUAAAAUACAUACGGAUCAAGGACUCAAAGCCGAUUCUGUCGUGUUUAUCAUUGUGUGCUGCUUCAUCAUUCUAGAGAAUGUGCUGGUUCUUCUCACCAUCUGGCGGACCAAAAAGUUCCACAAGCCCAUGUACUACUUUAUUGGAAACUUGGCUCUUUCAGACUUGCUGGCUGGAGUGGCAUACACGGCCAACAUUCUGCUCUCAGGAGCUAAUACGUAUAAACUGAGUCCCACACAGUGGUUCUUCCGGGAGGGCAGCAUGUUUGUAGCGCUGGCCGCUUCAGUCUUCAGCCUCUUGGCCAUUGCAAUUGAGCGCCACCUUACUAUGCUCAAAAUGAAGCUCCACAACAGUGGAAACACGUGCCGCGUCUUCAUGCUGAUCAGCACAGUGUGGUUCAUUGCCGCCAUCCUGGGUGGCUUGCCUGUCAUGGGCUGGAACUGCAUCCAGAGCAUGAUGAACUGCUCAACAGUGUUGCCACUCUACCACAAGACCUACAUCCUGUUCUGCACCACUGUGUUCAGCGUGAUCCUCAUGGCCAUCGUGGUGCUGUAUGCCCGGAUCUACGCACUGGUUCGCACACGUAGCCGCAAGCUCGUCUUCCGCAAGGUCUCAAAUGGCCGAGGGAGUGGGAACAAGAGCUCAGAGAAGUCCAUGGCCCUGCUGAAGACGGUCAUCAUUGUCCUGAGCUGCUUCAUCGUCUGCUGGGCGCCGCUCUUCAUCAUGCUCCUGCUGGAUGUAGCCUGCAAGAUCCGCACCUGUCCCGUCCUCUACAAAGCUGAAUGGUUCCUCGCUCUGGCUGUGCUGAACUCAGCAAUGAACCCUCUCAUCUAUACACUCACCAGCAAUGAGAUGCGCAGGGCCUUCAUCAAGAUGCUGCUGUGUAGCAUGUGCACUCAGCCCACUGGCAAGUUCUCCAGGCCCAUCAUUGGGGCAGAGUUCAGCCGGAGCAAAUCGGACAAUUCAUCGCAUCCCAACAAGGAAGAGCCUGAGUACUCACCCAGGGAAACGGUUGUGUCUUCAGGAAACAUUGCAUCAUCAUCAUAAAAAGGACUGUGGACAUUUUCCUUAUUUUUCUUUUUUAGUGAAUGUAUGCAUGUGUGGAGAUCCCACUGGACACAAGGUCUGUUCAAUCCACACUGCUCUUGUUCUGUAAGUGAGAAUAGAGCUUCACUUUUAUCUAACACCCACGUGUACUACAGUGUUAACGAAUCAUGGAGACAGACAGUCAAAGAUCUAAAGACCAGUCAGGACACAGUGGGACAGUGAACAAACAAUAUGUUUGGGGUCAUUUUUGUACUGUAAAGUUUGAUUUUGAUUAUGGCUCACAACUUAUACAAAGUUUGAGUGUCCAAGAGUGGAUCUGAGGAGUCUUUAUGCACAUGUCUGAUUCAUGUGUCUCCUGGAGCUGGUGUGGAUUGAAAUGGGAAUCAAACGAGUUGGAUUACUAAAAAACAUUCUAGAAAAGCUUUUAUGUGUAAAUUGGUCUGGUUUAUAGUGUACAGUGUGUUUGGAUGGUUGUAUUAAUAUUACAACAGUUCCUAAGCCAACAUAUCUUAAAUGCUAUGAAGGGCUCGACUGGGAGAAACAGACUGAAACAAGUAAAACACUUUUUUUUUUACCCUGAACUGCAAAAACAGUAAAUAAGUGCAAGACUCUUGAAGGUCACGGCAGCACUGAAAUAUCUUCCUCAUAUUGCAAAAUGCACUUAACAACCUGAGCUCUGUAAACCUAGUUAAUCAGUAUUACCAGUUUUGUUUUGUUUUUUUUAUUAUUACAUGGAAACGUUCUAAUUUGCGGAACGUUUAGGAUAGCACUUGUUUUAAAAGUGCUCUUUGAGGCCUUUUACUGACUUGUUAUCGUGUAUAUUAGCAUAUUGGGCUCAUUUUGUACCAUUUCAUGCAAUUUGUGUAAUUUUUACACAUUACUUUUGCACAUGUCACAUUUUCACCUGAACUUACAUGUAUAAACAUAUAUAAAAGAAAAAUAACAUGCUUUGGGAAAAUUCACACAUCAUAUCAUUGGUUAAAAUUCUGAGAAACAGAAGGGUUUUUUUGUUGUUUUUUGUAAGGGCAAAAAUUAAAUUAAAGAAAUGCAGUUAAAAAAAAAGGUACUUGUGUUUCUCUGAAUUAACGCCAUGCUUUUAGUGAGAUUUCUACAAUACUGAUUGAAAAUGUAUUUUAUUUUCAUAAAUGUAUGAUCUCACCUUUCAUCCAACAGCUGUAGAAGUUCAGUUAGCAUAUACAGUAGUUCGCCAGUAUUGAUUUAUCUUGAAUAAACUCAUAACCUGAAUGAGGGUUGAAUUACAAUGUGGUAUUAAUGCAUCAUGAAUUUAAGGUAUUUUUAUACCACUCUAAUAGUUUUUAGGGGUUAUUGUGUUGUUGCUAGAUAAUGCACGUGCACAAACUGCUUUGCAUUUGCAAUCUCGUCAUUAAAAUGCAUGCAAAUCAGAAAUGAGACUCUAGCAUUACAAAUGAAUCAUGCAUUACAGAUGGAUUCUAGGAAUGUGAAUCUGAUAAGAUCCAUAAUCAUCAUCAUCAUCAUCUUAAUUAUCUUUUUUUUUCCUGUUACAAAAUUUGUACUGAAAUAUUGGAGAAUAUAGAUAUGGUUCAAAAUGUAUCACUUAGCAACAAGAAUUCAGAGAAAAAGGUCAGUCACGAGCCUGUUUUUUUUCCCUGUGGUUUUUUUUUUUUUUUGCACAUUGUAACACCUGUGUCUAUAUUUUGUUAGCUUGUCAAUAAAUA